GACUAUGGAGAUAAGUUUUAAUUUCCAAGUAUAUUUAUUUUAUAUACAUUUUUCGUUUAUUUCUUUUAGAUCUGCAACGAAAAAUUGAUUGAGACCGUUCGAAAAUACGAGUGCCUGUAUUCAAAACGCCACAAGGACUAUAAAAAUAAAAAAAAUUAAAGACGAAGCUUGGGAUGCUGUAGCUGUGGUGCUGGAAAAUACGCCUUACAACUGCAAAACCAGAUGGCGAACAUUGUGUGACCGGAAUCGGAACGAAUUGGCGGAAAGCACUGGUCCGUAUGGUAGUGGCAGCUCCUACAGAAAGCCGUGGAAGUUAAAAGGUGCGAUGUGUUUUAUAACAGACCACAUGGUAGCCGAAAAUACAUGUACAAACGUGGAGCAUUUGGAAGACGGGGAGGAGCCAGUACCACAGCGCGAAACGUCGGCGAAGAAGAAGAAACAUGAUGACUUGUUUGAGGACGUACUCGUUAAAAUGCAGCGCAAGUACGACAGCGUAGAAGGUGGGCAGGAAGAUGAAUCUUUCUUCGCCUUACUGCACAGUAUAUUCAUUCGUUUUUCUGCAGAAGAAAAGGACGAGAUGCAAGUAGAUAUUCUACAAUUGGUCGCAAAUAAACUAAAAAAUAAAAGUGUAAAUUAAAACCG